GAGACCAGCCAUUAUGGCGCUGGGAAGACUUUUCAAAUGUGGUCGUUCAUUAUUUUAUGAGCCUUGUAAAGGAGUACUUUGUGGAUUUUUGCACUCCCGAGACUGGAGGCUAAGCUGUGUUCAAGCCAAACGUCAUCUUUUGACAGAAGACGUGAUCAAACUACAGGAAUUUCAGCAAAAAAAGUUGGCAGUGGCUCAUCUAAUAACUAGAUCAGAAGGAAAUUUCAUUGAGCUCUUUCAUAAAAAGUUGCAGAAAAGAGAACUGAUUCUGCGGGAUGAGCUCAAGCUUCUUCUGCACCUAUGCCAGUCACCUGAUGAUAUGGUUGUGGCCAGAGAUGCCAUUUACAGGUACCAUGCAGAGAACCUAAACUUUGCACAUGGAGAGUUCCGGUUUGGUCCUCUUUUUAUGAGACUGUGCUAUGAGCUUGGUUUGGAAGAGAUGGCUGCUGCAACAAUUAAAGAUAAAAGAUUGGAAGGGUUCUUUAAUGACUCCACGUCCUUUAACAUCGCUAUAGACAUGUUGUUUACAAAGGGUGCCUAUGAAAGUGCCCUGGAUAUACUCAGAACAAUGCAAAUCUACAACAUACCAUUUAAUAAAGACACACUGAUACUAGCAUUUGGCACGUGUUAUAAACUGAACACACCAGAGUCCUACAAGAUCUGCACCACUUUGAUAGAGGAAAGCCAAAGCAAGGGCCACUUAAUUCCCAGACAAGCUUACUGCUUUGCCAUAGCGUUGGCACUUGAACAGAAUUACACUGAUACAGCACAGUCUUUGUAUUCCCAAAUAAUGAAUGCAGAGGGCAGGUUAUGUAAAAAUCUGAAGAUCCUAAUACUAGCCAAGUCAGGGGAGUUAGAAGAACUGACCUCUGUUUUUUAUGCUGCUUUGCAUAAGACUCCUGCAUUCAUUAAAAAGCCAGAAUUUACUCAAGAUGUGGUGGAUGUAGUACGAUUGUAUUGUGAAGGUGGAUCCUAUAUGAGAGAAAUGAAUCAAAUAGUGUUUCAGCUUGAACAGGCUGGCCAGGUUAUCCAGCAGUCUCUGGAUGAUCUGUUAUGCCAUACUCCUGCAGGGAAGAGGAAGCAAUGGCCAAUAAUGCAAGAUAAUAGAAGGAUUACAAGUCGACGAACUCUUAAGCCACUUAAUUCCUCUUUGCUGUCUGAUUAAUAAAGAAUCCAUGCCAGUGUGAA